GUCACGUGGCGUACGUGGCGACGUGUCGGCCAUCUUGUGUUGUUGAGGCUGAGGACUGACUUGGGUACUGAGAGACUCUGUCCCGGACCGCAGUGUUAAAAGGAGCUGAACAUAGUCUGCUCAAACCUCCUGCUGUGAGCCAGCGGAACUUUUGAACUGGUUUCUCCACACAUAAAAAUCUAUUGUAAAAAUACGGAAAAGAAUGGCAGCGGAAACACAGACUCUGAACUUUGGGCCUGAAUGGCUCCGAGCUCUGUCCAGUGGUGGGAGUAUUACGUCCCCUCCUCUUUCUCCAGCUUUGCCGAAGUAUAAAUUAGCAGAUUAUCGUUAUGGCAGAGAAGAAAUGUUAGCACUUUUCCUUAAAGACAACAAGAUACCUUCAGACCUUCUGGAUAAAGAAUUUCUGCCUAUCCUACAGGAGGAGCCCUUGCCGCCAUUGGCUCUUGUACCCUUUACAGAAGAAGAACAGAGAAACUUUUCCAUGUCUGUAAAUAGUGCUGCUGUCCUGAGAUUGACAGGACGAGGAGGAGGAGGAACAGUGGUGGGGGCUCCUAGAGGUCGAAGUUCUUCAAGAGGGCGAGGCAGAGGCAGAGGUGAAUGUGGUUUCUACCAAAGAAGUUUUGAUGAAGUAGAGGGUGUGUUUGGUCGAGGAGGUGGCAGGGAAAUGCAUAGAUCGCAGAGCUGGGAGGAAAGGGGUGACAGACGUUUUGAAAAACCAGGACGAAAAGAUGUAGGAAGACCAAAUUUUGAGGAAGGUGGACCAACAUCAGUGGGGAGAAAGCAUGAAUUUAUACGCUCAGAAAGUGAAAAUUGGCGUAUCUUUAGAGAGGAACAAAAUGGAGAGGAUGAUGAUGGAGGUUGGCGACUAGCUGGAUCAAGAAGGGAUGGAGAGAGGUGGCGGCCUCACAGUCCUGAUGGCCCUCGUUCUGCAGGCUGGCGGGAACACAUGGAACGACGUCGAAGGUUUGAGUUUGAUUUUCGAGAUCGGGAUGAUGAACGGGGUUACCGAAGGGUGCGCUCAGGCAGUGGGAGCAUAGAUGAUGACAGGGAUAGUUUGCCUGAAUGGUGCUUAGAGGAUGCCGAAGAAGAAAUGGGCACAUUCGACUCGUCUGGAGCAUUCCUCUCUCUAAAAAAAGUACAGAAAGAGCCUAUUCCAGAAGAGCAGGAGAUGGACUUCCGGCCUGUGGAGGAAGGGGAGGAGUGCUCUGACUCUGAGGGUAGCCAUAAUGAAGAGGCCAAAGAACCUGAUAAGACAAAUAAGAAAGAGGCAGAGAAAACAGACAGAUCAGGAGUUGAAGCUAGUGAGGAAACACCCCAAACCUCAUCAUCAUCUGCUAGACCAGGUACUCCUUCAGACCAUCAACCUCAGGAAACACCACAGUUUGAGAGGAAAGAUGAACCCCAGACUGAGCAAACGGACAAAGCUGAAGAGGAGAGUCGGACGGAAAAUAGUGUACCAGCCAAAGUGCCCAGCAGAGCGGACGAAAUGGUUCCUGAUGUCCAACAGCCCCUGUCACAGAUUCCUUCAGAUACAGCCUCUCCUCUUCUCAUGCUUCCACCUCCUGUUCCCAAUCCUAGUCCUGCCCUCCGGCCAGUUGAAACAUCAGUUGUAGGUGCUCCUGGUAUGGGCGGUGUUUCCACAGAGCCAGAUGAUGAAGAGGGUCUCAAACAUUUGGAACAGCAAGCUGAGAAGAUGGUGGCUUAUCUGCAAGACAGUGCACUAGAUGAUGAGAGACUGGCAUCAAAACUGCAAGAGCACAGAGCUAAAGGAGUAUCAGUUCCACUGAUGCAUGAAGCAAUGCAGAAGUGGUAUUACAAAGAUCCUCAGGGAGAAAUUCAAGGUCCCUUCAAUAAUCAGGAGAUGGCAGAAUGGUUUCAGGCGGGCUAUUUUACUAUGUCUUUAUUGGUGAAGAGAGCAUGUGAUGAGAGCUUCCAACCUCUUGGUGAUAUCAUGAAAAUGUGGGGAAGGGUUCCGUUCUCUGCAGGUCCAGCUCCUCCUCCUCAUAUGGGAGAGUUGGAUCAGGAACGACUGACCAGGCAGCAGGAACUCACGGCCUUAUACCAGAUGCAGCACCUCCAGUACCAGCAGUUCUUAAUACAACAACAAUAUGCUCAGGUUUUGGCUCAACAGCAGAAAGCAGCCCUAUCUUCCCAGCAGCAGCAACAGUUGGCACUUCUUCUUCAGCAGUUCCAGGCUCUGAAGAUGAGAAUAUCUGAUCAGAACAUCAUUCCCUCAGUAACUAGAUCUGUGUCAGUGCCAGACACUGGCUCUAUCUGGGAACUUCAGCCAACAGCCUCACAGCCUACAGUUUGGGAAGGUGGUAGUGUAUGGGAUCUUCCCCUGGACAGCACAACGCCAGGCCCUGCCCUAGAGCAGCUUCAGCAGCUGGAAAAGGCCAAAGCUGCGAAGCUAGAGCAGGAGAGAAGAGAGGCAGAAAUGAGAGCAAAACGGGAAGAAGAGGAGCGGAAGAGGCAAGAAGAACUCAGAAGACAACAGGAGGAAAUUCUUCGCAGACAGCAGGAGGAAGAGAGGAAAAGGCGGGAGGAAGAAGAGCUUGCCCGAAGGAAACAGGAAGAAGCUCUACGACGCCAGAGGGAGCAAGAAAUUGCAUUAAGGAGGCAGCGAGAAGAGGAAGAAAGACAGCAGCAAGAAGAAACUCUUAGAAGACUGGAGGAAAGAAGAAGAGAAGAGGAAGAAAGGCGGAAACAGGAAGAAUUGUUACGCAAGCAGGAAGAGGAGGCUGCAAAAUGGGCCCGGGAAGAAGAAGAAGCACAGCGUCGAUUAGAGGAGAACCGGCUACGAAUGGAGGAGGAAGCAGCCAGACUCCGACAUGAGGAGGAGGAACGGAAGAGGAAAGAGCUGGAGCUCCAGCGGCAGAAGGAGUUAAUGCGCCAGAGGCAGCAGCAGCAAGAGGCUCUCCGGAGGUUGCAGCAGCAGCAGCAGCAACAGCAGCUGGCACAGAUGAAGGUAGAGCCCGAGACACCAACCUCAGGAGCUAUUUGCUAACAUUGCUUUUAUCAUCAGUUAGAUAGAUGCUGGCAGUAACAGUAAAACCGUACUUUU